UAACCAAAACCAAAACCAACAUCUUCCCACUUGUGCUUGCUUUCAAUAGAUAACCUACACCCCACCAACAACAACAACAACGUAAAAAAACCAUCUUUCUUCUAUUUUCUGAAACCCAUUAAGCAAAACCAAAAGGGUUGUCUUAGAUUUCAAAAGGGUCAAAGAAAAAAGCAGAAUUUUUGAGAAAGAGAAAAAAAAGUUGGUAAUUUUUUUUGUUGGGUUUUGAGGUUUUUUGUUUUGAGGUAAUGGGUGAUUUGGAGAAGCAGCAAGAGAAGGUGAUGGUGAUGGAUGAAGGAGAAGGAAGAGAAGGUGAAGAAAAUGAGAGGCUUUUGGAGGGUAUGGCUGUUUUGGAUUUUGAUAUGCUUUGUUCAUCUGUUGCUUUGCAAACUGCAAAUGGAACUUGGGGGAAGCUUGGAGGAGGUGGAGAUGAUGAACAGCGUGGUGAGGAGUUUGGUGGUGUUUUGAGGAUGUGGGAAGGUGAAGUUCUUGAUUGUUUCGAGCAUCGUCGAAUUGCUCUUGAAUCUUCAUGUUGUCCCUGCUACCGAUUUGGGAAGAACAUGAAACGAGCUGGUCUUGGUUCUUGCUAUAUUCAGGCAUUUGUAUAUUUUCUUCUUGCCAUCUGUGCUCUUUUCAACUUCAUAGCCUUUAUUGUCACGAGACAUCACUACUUUCUAUACCUGACAGUCACCUUCAUCAUUACUGGUGGAGCAUAUUUAGGAUUCUACCGAACUCGUAUGCGAAAGAAAUUCAACAUCAAGGGUAGCGAUAGUAUGGUGGACGAUUGCGUUUACCAUUUUGUCUGUCCUUGUUGUACAUUGUGUCAGGAGUCGAGAACAUUGGAGAUUAACAACGUUCAAGACGGCACUUGGCACGGUCGGGGUGACACCAUAUGCAUAGGUGGCAUUAGGAAUGGGAGUAAAGCACUCCCUGAGAUGAUUCCUCCUCCUAUCGAGUCGAUCAAGCUUACGGAUGAAAAUUACACCUUAUAGAAGAAUUAGAACAUAGUAUCAUCAAUGAAUCUUGAAUCAAGGUUGUGAGGAAGUUUUAAAACAAUGGUUUUUCAUCUGGAUUGUAUCCCUGGUGUCUGCCCGGUAUAUUUGAUUUCAAAAGAGAAUGUAAUGAAGGCUCUAACAACACCGAUUGCACCGGGACUAAGAGGUAGUGGAAAUCACGGGAAACAACUAAUGUUUGUGUUGGAAAAUAAGUCUACAUUGUUUGGAACAAAGAGAAUCAAAAUGUUUAUACGUUGAGAAUGUUUUAGUUCAAAGUGUGUAGACAAUUUAAGACUCAAGUAUUCCAAACUUACAUACACUUUGGUUUUCUUUGUUCCAAGCAGACUUAUUCUCACUAUGGGAUAGCUUAAUUUUUGGAUGGAGAAAAAAUGUUACUUUUAAAAUUACCCCAUGAUGUUAGUUUGCAAAAUGUGCAUAUAGAGUGAUGUCAUUCUAAACUAAUGGGGUAUUAUUUUUACCAGCCCCUGUAGUAUAUAGUUUGAUUAGUGUCAUAGUGUUGAAAGAAUCCCUUCUUAAUGAUUGUAACAAAAAUUACAAGUGUUGUAUUAAUCCUUGUAUUCUCAAGUAGGCCUACAAGAGAGUUAAGAUGAAUCAUGCUUGGCUCUAUUAUUGGAAAUACAACCUAUUUCCUUUGCACUUGUAUUAACAAGAGAA